AUGGCAGGUAGUAGUAGCAUUGAGACUUGGUAUUAUGGACUACCAUACGUUACACGGUUUUACCUAUCGCUAUGCUUUGGCUCGACGCUAUUGAAUACACUGGGUUUCUUAAACCCGCAAUCACUUUAUCUCGACUUUGACCUUGUCUGGCAACGCUUUCAACUCUGGCGUCUCACCACGUGUUUUAUCUUUCUUGGAAAUUUUAGUUUUCCCUUUCUGAUGCAGCUUAUGAUCUUAACCAACUACUCGUCUCGACUGGAAGAAGACCCAUUUCCAGGAGGUGGUGGGCCCACGGCUGACUAUGCUUUUAUGCUGUUUUUUGGAGCUGCUGUGCUAUGGGUGGUGGCGUUUUUCAUGGACCUUCCAUUCCUUGGCACGUCGCUUAUCUUUAUGAUUGUAUAUGUCUGGAGUCGACGGAAUCCGACAGCACCCGUUGCCAUUUGGGGUUUUCGUUUUGAAGGUUUGUACCUACCAUGGGCACUAAUUGCCUUCACGGUGCUCAUCGGUGGUAGCCCGAUGAUGGACAUUUUUGGAGUUAUUGCUGGUCACUUGUACUAUUUCCUGUUGGAAGUAUUGCCGGCGACUAAAGGCUGGAAUCUGGUGCAGACCCCUGCCCUAUUCACAAAUCUCUUCCCGUCCCCACAAGUUGCUGGCGGUACAGUCCCGAUCAUUGGUGCGCGAGGAGCGACAGGAGGAGGCGCAAUGUCUCAGAGAGGCGGCUACGCUUGGGGUACUGGUAGACCGCUGGGCACGGAUUGA